GUCAUGAGGUCUCCAUUUUCUCCUCCGAGGAUCGGGAGUUAGCAGCACCAUCUUAGGAGGACGCGUCACGAGAUUCUGUCGUUUGUAGUUCAUUCUAGUGUACAUUUGGAAGGAAAACUGACUACAGUUGGAGUUCACUCCUUUACGAACGCGUAGUUAGUUAAACAUAGUGUAGGUAAUCUAAAGGAAGAAUCAGAACAGCCGUCCGCCUGCUGUGGUACUAGCUAGCUCAACCUAGCUGUUAGCUACCUUUAGCUUGUCUGCUCUCAGUCGGCCGAACAUUCAGAACCUGCAAGUGAAGCCUGUCAAAAUGAGUGCUGCCUCUUCCCAAAAAGUCGUCUUGAAAAGCACGACUAAAGUGUCCCUGAAUGAGCGCUUCACUAACAUGCUGAAGAACAAGCAACCCACUGCGGUAAGCAUUCGAGCCACCAUGCAACAGCAACAUUUGGCCAGUGCCCGCAAUCGGCGCCUGGCCCAACAGAUGGAGAACCGGCCGUCAGUGCAGGCUGCUCUCAAUCACAAACAGAGCCUGAAGCAGCGCCUAGGAAAGAGCAACAUCCAAGCCAGGCUGGGCCGGCCCAUAGGAGCUCUGAUGCGAGGAGGACCAUCUGGAGGAAGAGGAGGCAUGAGGGGGAUGACGAGGGGAGGCCUGAGAGGACGAUCCAGAGGAGGAGUGAUGAGAGGAGCGCUUUCCCUCAGAGGGAAACGCAUGCCUCCAGGUGGGCCCAUGCGUGGCCGAGGCUCCGCUGGCCGUGUGAUGAUGCGUAGAGGAGGCCGUCACAGGGGAGGAGCAACGGGUCGAGGAGGCGCUCUGUCACGGGGAGCAGCACGGGGAGGAAUGGCCAGAGGUCGCGGGGGUUUGCGUGGACGUGGUUUUGCUGCCCGUGGUGGUCGCGGCCGUGGGCGGGGCCGGGGUGUCGGGCGACCUGCGGUGACCCGUGAACAACUGGACAACCAAUUAGAUGCGUACAUGUCAAAGACCAAAGGUCACUUGGACGCUGAACUGGACGCCUACAUGGCCCAGGCCGACCCCGACAGCAUGGAGUGAAGCUGAAGAUGCACCAGACACGACUGAUACACUGAACCCCGCAUACAGUGAAGGGUUUGCACCAGACUGAUGGGCUCACUGACGUUUGCUUAGAAUCAUUUAGACAAGAUGGAGGCGGAGCUGUAGAACAGGCUCAUCUGAACGCGCUUUGACCACAACUCUGCUGUGUAACAACUCGCUAUAAACAUUUGAAGACUUUGUCAAGGGACCUUAUACACACCACACUUGUCUGGAACUGGCUCAUGAUCCUGCUGUAUUCAUCCUCUGGUUGAAUCAGUCUUUUUUAUUAAAAAAAAAAGUGUACUCAUUAUUUUGGCUUUGACAACUUACACAUACUACAUUGGCAUAUCUACUUGGUCUUUCUUAAAAAGAGAAAUAUGCGAAGAGUUGUAUAAGAGUAUUGCCAUUUGUCGUUUUGUAUUUAAAAGAUGUAGUGUUUUUGGGGGGGGGGGGGUUCUGUUUGUUUUUGUUUUGUUUUUAUUUUUUAAGCCUGUCAGUUUUAUCGGGGAGUUGGUGUUCUUUACCUGUUCUUGAAAUAAUUUGUUUUAAUGAUAUCAGUUUUAUAGACUUUAAAUGGACUUGCAUAAAAGAUUGACCACAAAUGAUGCAAGUAAUGUUGUCUAUCCCAAGUCUCAAUUAAAAUAGCCGCUUAUGGCAAUCCAAGAA